UACAUUGUUACAGGCAAUAAGAACAAUGUUAAAACCUUAAGACAUUUAUUUUGCUUCGUGGUUCUAUUAAUUUUCCUCAUAAUUUUUAUUGAAUAUACAAAUGAAAAAUUAUUAGUAUUAUGUUAAAUUUUAUUUAGAAAAUGUAAUCGACUAGUUAUCUUUAGACAAUGUUUAAUUAGUAAUUCUCUUAUAUCUUUAUAAAUUUGGUAAAAUGGCUGGCCAAAAAUUUCAAUAUGAUGAGAGUGGUGCUACAUUUUUUUAUUUUAUAUUAUCGUUCUUAGCGUUAUUGUUGGUGCCUGGAACUUAUUACUGGUGGCCAAGACAGCAAAAAGAAGAUCCAAAGUUAUUAGCAUCUGAGUGUUAUUGUCCAGGAUGUAGAAAAAAAAAGACUAUAUUACAAUCUACUAAACCAUGGGAAUUAAUGAAAAAAAUGUUUGUAAAAAUAACUAUAAUUUCUGGUUGGGCCUUGUUAGCAUUUCUUGCAUAUAAAGUUUCACAGUUUGAUUAUGAAAGUGCAAGUUUUGAUCCUUAUGAUAUUUUAAAUGUUCCAAUUGGUACAAAUGAAAAAGUUAUUAAAAAAGCAUAUCGAAAAUUAUCUUUGAUAUAUCAUCCAGACAAAGAAACUGGUGAUGAAAAGAAAUUUAUGAAGCUUACUAAAGCUUACCAAGCCUUAACAGAUGAAGAAUCUAGAAAAAAUUGGGAAAAAUAUGGGAAUCCUGAUGGCCCUGGAGCAAUGAGUUUUGGAAUUGCCUUACCAUCUUGGAUUGUGGAAAAAGAAAAUUCAUUUUGGGUGUUAGGACUCUACGCCUUAGUGUUUAUGAUUGCUCUUCCAACAACAGUGGGGAUGUGGUGGUAUAAAUCUAUACGAUAUUCUGGAGACAAGGUUUUACUGGAAACAUCUCGAAUGUAUUAUUAUUUUUUGCAUAAAUCAAAUUCUAUUCCUUUGAAACGUGUAAUAAUGAUUUUGAGUGCUUCAUUAGAGUUUGAAAAAAAAUAUAAUAGUGAGAUAGUAGAACGGUCCAGUGAUGAAUAUGAAAUGCCACAACUUAUAAAGCAACUGUAUAAUUUUAUUGAAAAAGCUCAAAAAGAACCACCUUUGUCAUACAAUUAUUCAAUUAAAGCUCGUGCGUUAGUUCAUGCACAUUUAUCACGAUUACCUCUAAAAGCUGAUACUUUGGACUUGGAUCGUAUGUAUAUAGUAAAAAAAUGUCCUUAUUUAAUUCAAGAAAUGGUUGGUGUUGUGUCUCAAUUAAUUUUGCUUGCGUAUGCUCAACGAGUUCCACGGUUACUUAAUAUUGAAACUAUUGAGAACUGUAUGAAACUUUGUCCUAUGGUAGUUCAAGCUUUAUGGGAAUAUAAGAGUCCCUUUCUUCAAUUACCCUACAUCACAGAUGACCAUCUUAAACAUUUUGAUAAUAAAAAAAAACGUGUUAGAAGUAUUCAACAUUUAGCACAAUUAAAACAUGAAGAAAGACGCAGUACUCUGAAAUUCUUGUCAGACAACCAAUAUGAAGAUUUAGUUAAAGUUCUUGGAAGAAUGCCUUACAUAGAUUUUAAAGUUCGCUGUGAAGUUAUUGAUGAUGAAGCAACUACAGUUUAUACAGCUGGUGCAAUAGUUACUGUAACAGUGCAGCUGAAAAGACAAGACAUGAAGGUACUAUUUGGUGAUGAAACAUUUACUGAUGAACAUGUAGAACCAGAAAAAAAUUCUAAAGAAAAAACUGUUUCUAAUGGAGAUUUAUUAGAGAAAAGUGAUAACAGUGAAGUAAUUAACGAUAUUGAAAAACAUAAAAAGAUAACCAAAGGUAUUUGGCAACAAAAACGUCAAUCAGGGAAAAGUAGUAAAAAAAAUAAUAACAAAAAACCAAAAGUUGCGUUAUCAGCACAUGCAAAAAAAAAAAUAAAGAAAAAAGAAAAACAAGAAAAAGCCAAGUUGGGUGAUCAUAAAGAAACAAAAGAAGAUGAAAAUGAAAUUGUAGAAAAAGAUGAAAAAGAAACUAAUGUAUCAUCUGAUGAGGAUUCUGAUUCAGAAAUUAGUAGUAGUUCUGAUGAAUCUGACGAAGAGUCAGAUAAAUCAGAUGCAGAUCAAGUAUUAGAUGAUAAGAAAAAGCUGUCUUCAAAUGAUGAUGAUGAUGAUAAUUGGCAUAAAUUUCAAUCUGGAGCAACCAAAAAAGAUAGAGUACUCGAAGGAAGAACUAAACAAUCACAUUUGGUUCAUUGUCCUUAUUUUCCUGAGGAUAAACAUGAAUAUUGGUGGGUUUAUUUAAGUGACCGAAAAAGUCGAACCUUAUUGACAGUUCCCUAUCAUGUGACGGAACUUGUAGAUGAAGAAGAAAUUCAAUUGAAGUUCACUGCACCUAGAUGGCCUGGAGUUUAUGUAUUUGCAGUUUGUUUACGGUCAGAUUCUUAUUUUGGCUUUGACCAAAUGCAUGACAUCAAAUUGGAUGUAAAAGAAGCCCCUGAACCUUUAACCGAACAUCCUCAAUGGGAUAUUUCUGAUGAAGAAGACAAUAUUAAAGAAGAAGAUAAACAAAGUGAUAUUUCAGAAUUUACUACAGAUGAAGAUGUUGAAGAUUAAAUAAUAAUUCAUUAUAUGUAUAAAAAUAAACCUUUGGGCAACCUGACCUAAAACGAAGUUCAAAAAAAUAAAUACAUUUAAAAAAAAUAAGUUAAUUAAUUUAAUAAAUUUAGUAUAUAGAUAAAUGUAAUUUAAUAUAAUAUAUGAAAUAUAUUAUUGUUUUCAAUUAA